AUGGUGCUGCACCGGGUGAUCCAGGCAGCCCGUGCAGGCGACCUCUCAGCCCUGAGGAAGCUGUCCUCCUCUGGGUGCCUCACGGUCUCAGCCUCCAUCACAGACGCCCAGGGGGCAGGCCCGGUGCACCACGCCGCUCGCUGCGGCCGCCUGGAAUGUGUGCGCUACCUGGUGGUGGAGGUGGGGCUGGCGGCCGACGCCCGGGCCCUGAACAGAGCCACGCCCGCCCACGACGCUGCUGCUACAGGCCACGCCCGGGAACUCCAGUGGCUAGUGGACCAAGGGGGCUGCAAUGUAGAGGACCAGGAUGCAGCCGGGGCGACAGCGCUCCAUCUCGCAGCUCGGUUCGGACGGGUGGAGGUCGUCCAUUGGCUGCUGUUGGUUGGUAGCGUCGCCGAGGAGACGACGGACUGUGGGGCCGUCCCCGCCCAUUACGCUGCUGCCAAGGGAGACCUCACCUGUCUGAAACUACUGGUCCACCAUGCACCUGGGUGUGUGAACCGUCAGACUGGCAUCGGUGCCACCCCUCUGUACCUGGCAUGUCAGGAGGGCCACCUGCACGUAGUGGAGUACCUGGUGAAGGACUGCAGGUCAGACGUCCACCUCAGGGCCCAUGAUGGCAUGACCGGCCUGCACGCUGCUGCACACAUGGGGCACCAUGCCCUGGUCAUCUGGCUGGCCACCUUCACAGACCUUAGCCUGCAAUGCCAGGACAGGGAGGGAGCGACUGCUCUUCACUUUGCGGCCAGUGGAGGGCACCAUCGCAUCCUGGAGAGGCUGCUCCGCAUGGGGGCAAAGGUCAUCAGAGACGACUGGGGGGGAACCCCUCUUCAUGAUGCUGCUGAGAAUGGAGAGCUGGAGUGCUGCAGGAUCCUGUUAGCCAAUCAGGUGAGCCCAUCGGAGCAGGACAUAGAUGGGUUCACAGCAGCAGACCUUGCGGAGUACAACGGACACUACGACUGUGCCAGCUACCUCCGAGCCGUGGAGACAUGCUCAUGCAUGAGACCCAAAACCUCCGGCUACCUCCGAGGCGUGGAGACAUGCAUGAGACCCAAAACCUCCGGCUACCUCCGAGGCGUGGAGACAUGCAUGAGACCCAAAACCUCCGGCUACCUCCGAGCCGUGGAGUCAUGCAUGAGACCCAAAACCUCCGGCUACCUCCGAGGCGUGGAGACAUGCAUGAGACCCAAAACCUCCGGCUACCUCCGAGGCGUGGAGACAUGCAUGAGACCCAAAACCUCCGGCUACCUCCGAGCCGUGGAGUCAUGCAUGAGACCCAAAACCUCCGGCUACCUCCGAGCCGUGGAGUCAUGCAUGAGACCCAAAACCUCCGGCUACCUCCGAGCCGUGGAGUCAUGCAUGAGACCCAAAACCUCCGGCUACCUCCGAGCCGUGGAGUCAUGCAUGAGACCCAAAACCUCCCGCUACCUCCGAGCCGUGGAGUCAUGCGUGAGACCCAAAACCUCCGGCUACCUCCGAGCCGUGGAGUCAUGCAUGAGACCCAAAACCUCCGGCUACCUCCGAGCCGUGGAGUCAUGCGUGAGACCCAAAACCUCCGGCUACCUCCGAGCCGUGGAGUCAUGCAUGAGACCCAAAACCUCCGGCUACCUCCGAGGCGUGGAGACAUGCAUGAGACCCAAAACCUCCGGCUACCUCCGAGCCGUGGAGUCAUGCAUGAGACCCAAAACCUCCGGCUACCUCCGAGCCGUGGAGUCAUGCAUGAGACCCAAAACCUCCCGCUACCUCCGAGCCGUGGAGUCAUGCACAUGCAUGAGACCCAAAACCUCCGGCUACCUCCGAGCCGUGGAGUCAUGCGUGAGACCCAAACCCUCCGGCUACCUCCGAGCCGUGGAGUCAUGCGUGAGACCCAAACCCUCCGGCUACCUCCGAGCCGUGGAGUCAUGCGUGAGACCCAAACCCUCCGGCUACCUCCGAGCCGUGGAGUCAUGCAUGAGACCCAAACCCUCCGGCUACCUCCGAGCCGUGGAGUCAUGCAUGAGACCCAAAACCUCCGGCUACCUCCGAGCCGUGGAGUCAUGCCCCUUCUCAGCAGACCAGCCAAUAGAAGAACUAGGUCCCGUAGAGGAGGAUGUGAGGGGGAGACAGGCUGUGGCGUGUCAGCCCAGUAAAGAGGACUACUACCGUCGCCUUAGCGACCCCGGCCGGGACUACUUCCACAAUAACAACAAAACAAAUAUGGAAAGCUUAAAGCUUGCCUACCCGUACUGUGUCUGCCAGCUGUUGGUGAGAGCGCACGUACCAAGACCAGAACUUGUACCGCCAAGCUGUCAUAACGGAAUGAAUGUUAACUUUCUUUGUCUUAAACAGGGUAAGAUACUGGUAAAGGCUGAGGUAAAAACUGUUGAUCUGGCGAAGGCUUCUGACAAGAAUCUCCUGGCUGGCAAAAACCUGCUCGGUGACAAAAAGUUCCUCGACAACAUGAAAUCCAUCACAUCUCUGAAACAGACAGAAAUAUCCACAGUAGCUGUAGCACAAGCAAACAGGAUGGUAGUUCUGCCCACGGAAGAGGCCAACCUAUCAGAUAUUGACUAUCUGGUUCCCACCCAUGACGAGCGGGGUCGGCCAAUCGCUGAGUGGAAGAGACAGGUCAUGGUGCGUCAGCUACAGGCCAGGCUAUUGGACGAGGAGGACCAGAGGAGGAAGGAGAAUGGGAACAGCACUUCCAAAGCGGUGAACUGGAGGUACUCACAGGCCCACAACGCUAUCCUGGGCCCGUUUGGAGAGCUGCUGACCGAGUACGACCUGAUUUACCUGGAGAAGCAGAUUCAGAACGUGUCCAACCAGAAAAACUGUGAAGGCUAUGAGACAGAGCUAGCUCGCCUGGCUGAGGAGCUCAGGACCAUCCUGCCAGCUCCCAUCGUCAACAUCACAGCCAGCACUCAGUUCAGAAACCCCAACCAGGAGUCUCAGGUUUGAGUUUAUUUGACAACAACAUAUUCAUCAUCAAUUACUUAUUUCCAUUGUAAUCCCUUAAUUAAGGUCCCUCUGCCCGUGUGGUGCAACCGCAUCUCAGGCAUCGUAAAGAGCAUGUCCCUGCUGAUGGCCAACCUGGCAGACGGGCCGUACUCUAAGAUGCCCAACACAGAGCUAUCCACUGUGUUCUCCCAGAGCCCAGACAGACCCACCUCUACCCGAGGGCGCAGGGAGAAGAUAGAGUCCGAGAUCCAACAGUUUGGGGUGUCCGUCCGGAAUCUGAAGUCCAACUUUGAAGGUCAUGAACAAGACAAAGAAGAAGAGGUCCACACGAUGUCAGCCACACAGGAGGAAGGCCUGGGGUCAGAGGUCAGAGGGAACAGAAGAAGAAGAGGUCAACACGAUGUCAGCCACACAGGAGGAAGGUCUGGGGUCAGAGGAACAGGAACAGAAGAAGAAGAGGUCAGUCAGCCACAAGGAGGAAGAGAGGUCAGAAACCAGGAACAGAAGAAGAAGAGGUCCACACGAUGUCAGCUACACAGGAGGAAGGUCUGGGGUCAGAGGUCAGAGGAACACAGGAACAGAAGAAGAAGAGGUCCACACGAUGUCAGCCACACAGGAGGAAGGUCUGGGGUCAGAGGUCAGAGGAACACAGGAACAGAAGAAGAAGAGGUCCAGACGAUGUCAGCCACACAGGAGGAAGGCCUGGGGUCAGAGGUCAGAGGAACACAGGAACAGCCCAAAGAGAUGAACCCAGUCCCCGCAGCUGACCGGAACAGUGACUCCGGAAUAGCCUGCGAUGACGACAUGUGCGACGUUAGGGAAACCACCACCAGUCUACGGAAGGAACGUAUCGUGGUGCUGUUCCUGGGCCACUGGAAGAAGUCCGCCUACACGGUGACCCUGAAGACCAGAGAGGCCGAGAGGAGAGCCAGUGUGGAGGAGGUUGGUGGUAAACCUGGUGGGACAGAUGGCACGGGACCACAGAAGGGAUCCCAGAUGCCUCUGGGACAUUUCUUCAAACAGAGGAGUGUCAUCAACAAGAUGAUUGGUGAUUGGAGGAGCAUGAUCUCCAGCGUUCCGUCUCGCCAGAUCCGCCGUCUCCACCGGCAGCAGGCACCAUAUUCCCCUGAACAGUUCCUCCCCAAGGUGGAUGGGGCGAUGGUGGACUAUGACAGUCUGACCCUUGACCUCUUUAUGCUGGGGUACUUCCACAUCCUGGAACUGGAACUCCCCGCGGACGAGAGGAAGAUGAGACACCUGCUGUGCUUUGAGGUGUUUGACCACGUUGGUCAUUUCACCUGGCAUAGCAUCCGGGAGUUCCACAAGGCCGUCAUGAUGGACAUCGAGGCCGGGAACCGUGAGUGGAAGGACGGCUUCGAGGACAUUAAGGCCAAGUUCUUUGGGAACGCGUCAACGACUCGGUGUGAACUGCCAGAGGUAGAGAAACAACAGUUUCCACCAGAGGUCAGGCCUGUGCCCAUAGUCAUCCUCCAAACGCCGACACCAGAUGAAGGGGCUCUGAUUAAACAAGGAACAGACAUUUCCAGUUUCAGCAAUGAUGAGAUUUGCAAAUACAUAGACAGGAGUUUCACUUUCUGGAAAGACAAGGAGGCAGAGAUUUUUUAUUUUGAGUAGUAAUUGUUUUCACUUGACCUUCUUUUUUAAAAUAUAUAUUUUUUAAAUAAUUGGUAGUCUUCCGAAGUCAAGUUAUAGUUAUGUAGUCUGCUGAUAUCAAGUUAUAGUAAAGGGAUGGGUGUACUGUAAGGGCAUUUUAUUUUGAGUGUGAAUACCUUUGUGUUCUUUGUGAAUAGUUGUAACAGCUCUUAUUAUUUAAAGAGAAAAGUAAGCCUACAGUAAACUUUCCAACCUUAGAAACAG